UGUUCUGCCAACAUGGCGGCGCCCAUGGUGACGGGCCGGGCCGUGCUCACCUAAAAGCGGGAUCCGAAACCAGGUGCCGAAGUCAGAGCCUAUGAGCAGGGCCUCCCCACCUUCUGAAGAAUGGCUUCUGCUUGGCAGAGACUGAGUUUGAGUUUUUAUGCUUCUCUUCUGAAAAGGCAGCUAAAUGGCAGGCCAGAUAUCAUCAAGUGGGAAAGGAGAAUUAUCCCAGGAUGUACCAGAGGUAUUUACAGUGCCACGGGGGAGUGGACAAAAGAGUAUACAAUGCAGACAAGAAAGGAUGUAGAGAAAUGGUGGCAUCAACGAAUAAAAGAACAGCCCUCCAAAAUUUCGGAAGCUGAUAUAUCAAAGCCCAAGUUUUAUGUGCUUUCCAUGUUCCCUUAUCCUUCGGGCAAGCUGCACAUGGGCCAUGUGCGAGUCUACACCAUCAGCGACACCAUUGCACGCUUCCAGAAGAUGAGAGGCAUGCAGGUCAUCAACCCCAUGGGAUGGGACGCAUUUGGAUUGCCUGCCGAAAAUGCUGCGAUCGAGAGACAUCUACAUCCAGAAAGUUGGACACAAAGUAAUAUUAAACACAUGAGAAAACAACUUGAUCGACUGGGCCUGUGUUUCAACUGGGAUAGGGAAAUAACUACGUGUUUGCCAGAUUACUACAAAUGGACUCAGUACCUCUUUAUUAAACUUUAUGAAGCUGGGCUGACCUAUCAAAAGGAGGCCUUGGUUAACUGGGACCCAGUGGAUCAAACGGUGCUUGCCAAUGAGCAGGUGGAUGAACAUGGUUGUUCAUGGCGUUCUGGAGCAAAGGUGGAACAGAAGUACCUCAAACAGUGGUUUAUUAAGACAACUGCAUAUGCAAAGGCCAUGCAGGACGCCUUGGCAGACCUUCCAGAAUGGUAUGGAAUAAAAGGCAUGCAGGCCCACUGGAUUGGGGACUGUGUGGGCUGCCAUCUGGACUUCACAUUAAAGGUUGAUGGGCAAGACACGGGAGACAAACUGACUGCCUACACGGCCACCCCCGAGGCCAUUUAUGGCACUUCUCACGUUGCCAUCUCUCCCAGCCACAGACUCUUACACGGGCAUAGCUCUUUGAAGGAAGCCCUUCGGAAGGCAUUUGUCCCUGGCAAAGAUUGCUGCACUCCUGUGGUGGCUGUAAACGUGCUCACCCAGCAGGAGGUCCCUGUGGUUAUCAUGGCCAAAGCAGACUUCGAGGGCUCCCUGGAUUCAAAAAUAGGCAUUCCCAGCACCAGCUUGGAGGAUACCAUCUUAGCCCAAACCCUGGGCCUGUCCUACUCAGAAGUUAUUGAAACUUUGACAGAUGGUACAGAGAGACUAAUCAACUCUGCUGAGCUCACAGGCAUGACCCGGCAGGCGGCUUUUCAAGCCCUGACUCAGGAAGCCCGGAGGAAGAGAGUAGGGGGAGAUGUGACGAGUGAUAAACUGAAAGACUGGCUGAUCUCGCGGCAGCGGUACUGGGGCACGCCCAUCCCCGUUGUCCACUGCCCAGCCUGCGGCCCCGUGCCUGUGCCUCUGGACCACUUGCCCGUGACCUUGCCCAGCAUCACAUCUUUCACCGGCAAGGGAGGAUCCCCACUGGCCACGGCUUCGGAGUGGGUAAACUGCUCCUGCCCCAGGUGCAAGGGAACAGCCAAGAGAGAGACCGACACCAUGGAUACCUUUGUUGAUUCUGCUUGGUACUUCUUCAGAUACACUGACCCUCAGAAUGCUCACAGCCCUUUUAACACAGCCUUGGCAGAUUAUUGGAUGCCUGUGGAUUUGUACAUUGGAGGAAAAGAACACGCCGUCAUGCACUUGUUCUAUGCAAGAUUCUUUAGCCACUUUUGCCACGAUCAAAAGAUGGUCAAGCACAGAGAGCCUUUUCAUAAGUUGCUAGCCCAAGGCCUUAUCAAGGGGCAGACAUUCCGCCUGCCAUCUGGACAGUAUCUGCAAAGAAACGAAGUAGAUCUCACAGGUCCUGUUCCCAUACAUGCAAAAACGAAAGAGAAGUUAGAGGUGACGUGGGAGAAGAUGAGUAAGUCCAAACACAAUGGGGUAGACCCUGAGAAAGUUGUAGAGCAGUAUGGGAUCGACACAAUUCGGCUCUACAUCCUUUUUGCCGCCCCUCCUGAGAAGGAUAUCUUGUGGGAUGUGAAGACCGACGCUCUACCUGGGGUGCUGAGAUGGCAGCAACGUCUGUGGUCCUUGGCGACCCGGUUUAUUGAGGCCAGGACUUCUGGGAAGGUUCCCAGUCCUCAGCUGCUGAGUAGCAAGGAGAAAGCCGUGGCGAGAAAGCUGUGGGAGUACAAGAACUCAGUCAUCUCUCAGGUGACAGCCCAUUUCACAGAAGACUUCUCCCUGAAUGCGGUGAUUUCUCAGUUGAUGGGAUUCAGCGGUGCCCUCUCGCAAGCUUCUGAGCGAGUUGUGCUCCACAGCCCCGAGUUUGAGGAUGCUCUGUGUGCCCUGAUGGUGAUGGCUGCACCGAUGGCCCCUCACAUAACCUCAGAGCUCUGGGCAGGCUUGGCACUGGUACCGCAGAAGCUCUGUGCCCACUAUGCCUGGGAUGCCGGUGUGCUGCUUCAGGCAUGGCCAGCCGUGGAUCCUCAGUUCCUUCAGCAGCCCGAUGUCGUGGAGAUGGUGGUUCUGAUCAACAACAAAGCCUGUGGCAAAAUUCCUGUACCCCAACAAGUUGCCCAGGACCAGGACAAAGUCCAUGAACUUGUUCUGCAAAGUGAGCUGGGGGUCAAGCUCUUACAGGGGCGAAGCAUUAAGAAGGCCUUUCUGUCCCCCAGAACUGCCCUCAUCAACUUCCUGGUGCAAGAGUGAUUGCAGAGAACUGCAGCUGCCACGAGGGCCUCUGAGGAACCUCCUUCUGGACCUGGGAUGAAGGGGAGACAUCUCCCUCCCCAGAGGAAGGGAAAAGACAAAUGAUUUGAAUACUCACCUUCAGACUAGGACUGGACUUAAGUGUGUGCCUCUCUUGUGUAGUCUGGUGCUGGGGUGAGGGUGGCUGUGGAAAAGGAGGAGGGUGAUGGGGAGGAGUCUUACAGCCUGUCCCUCAGGCCCUCCUCUCCCACCAUCCAAUCCAGUGUGAAGCCACCAGAGAUGCUGCUGAGUGGGACCAGGAAGAAUUAAAGAGAAGCAAGUGAGGAUGAGCACAAUGCCUCUCUGGCAGCCCAGGAGCUUCUGGAUUCCAGAAAUGGCACUGCCUUAGGCUGUACCCAGGAGCAUGAGUCUACACUGAGGAGCCACACGUGGCUCAGGAGCAGCAUGGUUAGUCCCUGCUGACCGAAUAACCAAGCCUCAGAAUUGUGGGUGGUGGUCUCCACAAGACAUUUGGGUCUUGUUCAAAUACCCAGUAUGUGGUCAUGGACUCUAGUCCUCAGAGAUUGUUCUGAACCAAAAGGGAAGCAGGGGUAGUCCCUCUACAUGAGUCUCCACCACUCCUCAGCUCUGCCCUGGAGGCCUCUUCCUCCCCCAGCCCCAGUGGAUGCGCCUGCUGGGCCUGCUCUAGUGCUGAUUCCCAGGCUCUUGGGUGAAGCGCCAUUUGCUAACAUGAAUGAUGAGCAGCACUUCAUAACCACUCCUUCAGGGGGUGAAAUAUGCUGCAUAGUGACGGAGAACCAGGUUGUGGGCCGCUGGCCCCCAAUCCCAGAGCCCCACCAGGGCCCGACAGGAAUUCUUCUCAUGUGGGCCUUAGAUGGUGACGCUCCGUGAAUGUGACUCCAGAGCCAGGCAUCAGGAAGAGCGAGUUCUCCUCAGAGGAUCAGUACUGAUGCUGCCGAGUGCUGCCUCCUUCUGUUCCGGUGGCAGAGGUCUGGUUGCUAGGGAGACAGCUGGAAAUAGACCCCUGCCACUGGCAUAUCAGGGGAAUCCUGGUUUUAUGGGAAGUCAGCAAUUAAGUGCUCUUACCAGAACCGGCCAAAGGCAAUGAUUAACAUUAGUUGAGGUUAAUAUUUAAUGGAGGAAGACAAGGGAGAAUCUCGCCAUUUUGUGUUGCUGGAAAUCUAUAUUUGUUAUUUGGUGUUAUUUUUGUGAAGAAGCCUCAGAUGUGGUUAACUGCAGUUCAGCAGUUAAUAUGACCUUUUUUUUUAAGUAGUAAAUUUUUAUCAUGUAUAACUUUGGCACAUAUGUGUGAACCAUAUUCUAAUUCUAGGAGUUAAUCAGGAACAGAUUAAAAUAUCCCAUCAUCCUCAGAAACAUUGGUUGUGCGCCUAACUACACAUGGAAUGUUAUAAAGUGAGACGCACGGUGGAUGACCCUGAUUCGGGCACUUUAGCAACAGCAAUUAAGUCAUUAGUUCUCAAUAUGGAUCAAACUUCCACCCAAGAAACUUAAUACUAUGCUUGGUCCCCAUACCAAGAAAUUCUGAUUUAAUUGGUGGGGUGUGACCUGAGCACCAUACUCUUAAAAGCUCCCCACAUGAUGCUAACAGACAGCAACGUUUAAGAGCCACUGGAUUUAUUGAUGCACUCAUACCACAGUUUCUAUCUAGUCUUUUCUCUUCCCGGUCUUCAGUUUAACUGGGAUGAGCUUGGUUGAGGACCAAGACAUGAUGAGGUGAGGUUGGGAAAGAUGAGGGCCAGAAGGAAAGACAGGGACCAGAACGCUAAAACAGGUAUUUAAGAUGUUCCCAGUGACGACCUGGCUACGCACAAUCCCAUGGCAUUUGGUACACAGAGGGAGGGAUGAGUGGUUUUACUUGAUUGUCUUGUUUUUUCCUAAGGUAAGCUAAGUAGUCCUAAACCAAGUGACAAGACGAGAGUAGGAAACCCUUUAUCUGCACAUUAUCAAGCCAGAGCAAUUGGCCACUAAAAUGUCAAAGCUACAGUAUCCAUGACAGUUGGCUGAUACCAGCAUGACUUUUAAGGACCUUUUCUCUAAGGAUAAAACUUGAAAACAAGACCUCAUUAGUACUUACCAAGAGACAGUGAAUAGAAUAAUUGAAUAGAAAAUCUGAUACCUGGAGGCUAAAAAAUGACCUCGGUCAUUCUGGCUCCCAAACCUCUGGGCCCCACUACGGCCAGACAU